AUUUUAUUGAACUUUAAUAAAGUCUUGCCAUCAGAUAACCCAUAUUAACCAAAGAGAGGGUGCCUAUACAGAACUGCAUAUCACUUUAAGCCUUUGACAUGCAUCUAAUGGAAGUGCUCAUACGGAAAAGCUGAAAUACCAGCAUACAUUGUAUCAGAUCUCAGCUAAAAUACAAAUGAUGCCAACCAACUGAUGCAUGUGUUUUCACUGGUCAUAUAUUUGAAUACAGACCACAGGAUUAAUGAAACUUGGAAUUUUAAAUCCACAUGAAGACAACUAGGCAACAAGAAGUUGAUAUUGAUACUCUGCACCUGAUAUGCUAAAGCAUUAGGCUGUCAUUUACUUUGUCUCAACCAUGUGCUAAAGAACUGUGGUGAUGGUUUAGUCUAUAUGUCUGAGACAAUUAGCUUGUUAAGUAAAGGAUAUAGAUAAUUACAUCAAUGGAUACACACAAGGAGGGAACUCAAAGCCAUCACAGAAAGUCGUGCACAGUGGACAGUCUACCAGACAAGUGCCUGCUCUAUGUGUUUUCGUACAUUCAUCAAAGAGAUCUCGGCAAAAUCGCGCGCACCUGCAAAAAAUGGCGUCUCCUCGCCUACAACCAACAACUUUGGCAAGUGGUUUCAUUUCGUCCGGAGUACAACGGACUUCACGUGAACAGUUUCGAAAACUUAAUUGCCCUCAUAAACGUACGAUUCGCACCGUCGCUACGCUACAUCGAGCUGCCGUGCGAGCUUGUGACGCCACCAAUUCUGCACGAGCUUUCGAACAAGUGUCCCGCACUGAGGUACAUGACGUUGGACUUCUCGAAUGCCAUGCAGCUACACGAUUUUAACGACCUGAACUCGUUCCCGUGCAACCUGAAGAGUCUCUGUAUUUGUCUGUCGGAAGUGAUCUUCCUCGAAGGCUUCAUGCGACGCAUCUACAGCUGUCUGUCGUCUCUCCAAGUUCUGCAUCUGAUAGGUACGUUUGAGCAGACGAGCGAGGGGGAGGAGGACGUAUACGAGGUCGUGAACAUCGGCAAGAUCAAGGCGCACACACCGAACCUGCGCGUCGUUAACCUGUACGGCAUCACGUUCAUCGACGACUCGCACAUCGAGCUGCUCACGUCCAACUGCAUCCACCUCGAGUGCCUCGCGCUCAACUUCUGCCUGCGCGUUAAGGGCGCCUCGUUCAAGAAUCUCAUCAUGCGCUGCAAGAAGCUGAAGACGCUCCUGCUGCAGCAUACCGGUGUCGAGGAUGUGUACAUGAAAAGCGUGCCGUGGGAGACGUCACAGGUUCACGAGCUCGACCUGACGUCAACGGAGCUGUCCGCGGAGUGCCUGGAGCACGUGCUACUGCGGAUACCCUUCUUCACGUACCUCGCUCUCGGGCACUGCGAAUUCUUCACAGAUAAGAUACUAGGUGAGAUGGUCGCAGCGGGGAAGUUCCGGCAGCUUAAGGCCAUCGACCUCAGUUCCACUUCCGGUUUGAGCGAGAACGCCAUCUACCAGUUUUUGCAGACGCACGGCUCCGGCCUCCAUGGCCUCGUGUUGUCAGGGAAACCGAAACUCACAGAGAGCUUCUGGCUGAACGUUAUAGCGUUCCUGAAAAAUAUCAGGAUCUGUGUGCUGGGAACCGCCAACGGCUGGUUCCUGAAGCUCACCACGAAGGUUCACAUCGACCAGGUGAUCGAGGCGUUCGCGCAGAACUGCCCCUACAUGAGCCGCCUCGAGAUCCAGUGGGACCCGGAUACCAUCCGCUUUAGCGACAAGAGCAGCAAGUUCAUAGACCAUAUCAGAUUACGGUGCCCGUUCCUCAAGUCGUUCACCCUGUCGGACGGCGAGUAUUACGAGAUGGUCAAGUCCAACUUCGAGCGCGCUGACCGGGUCAAGGUGAUCCGUACAACGACCUUCUACCAGACCAGCAUCAUCAGCCUGGUCUCCUGCUUCAACGACCUGCUCUUCAACUAACAUUAUUUCUAACACUUUUUUAAAUGUCGAUAUACAUUAGGUGGUCGUGGUAAAUGCCCUAAAUGCCCGUGCAUAAAGUAAUCGUACAGGCUUAUCCGUUACGACUCUUUCCGCUUCAACUUUUUCUGUAUGUAUUUCUGCAUUUAACCCAUUUAUGCCUAGCGUCUAGAAAAAAGGCCUUGGCAAACAGCGUAGACCCAGAUGAGACGCCGCAUAAUGCGGCGUCUCAUCAGGGUCUGCGCUGUUUGCUUACAGGAAUUUCUGUAAGAAAUAUUCUAAAUAUAGAAAUUAAUAUGCUAGACAUCCCUAAUUUUGGAAAUAAAUUGUUCAAUUUAGAAGGAUGGGAGAGUCCACUAGGCAUAAAUGGGUUAAGCAUAAAUUCACUAAAGCGCUCUCCUGGAACAGCUGAUCCCAGAGGGCACGUUGCGCGCGUGCAUUUAGUCCCUAUUUCCAACAAUAUGUCUCAUAGUAUGUAUUUAUAAGCCCUAUUAAGCCCCAUCCCCCAUUUGCAGCAACCGUGUGAACUGUGCGCAGUAUACAUGAAUAAAAUACAUUUAUGUUGCAUAAACAGGACUCUAUGAAUGCGUUAUAAACGUGUUCUGUUACCGAAUCACUGCAUUGAGCAUAUAUAAGAUCAGCAAUUGGUUCCUAAUAAGUACCUAUGGAACGUAUCUCCUAGUUUUGUUGCGAAAAACGACUAUACGUGCACGUAUUGGGGCCCGUUCUUCAAUAUUUACGACAUUGACCUUUGGCCAUUUUUGGUGUAUUGCUACGAAUAUUUUAUACUUCGAAGAUAUCUUUAAGCAUUUGCGUCAAAUGUGUAGCUACGUUUCCAUGCGUCUAAUGCGUUAAACAGAAAGUCACGAGGUAUUCAUGUACAUUAUUUAAAUGGAGCUGAUAAAGUUGAUUGGUAAUUGUUGUGCGUUGUGGCGAUGCAUUUGGGUGCUUAGUAUGGCCUGGAUGGUGUUUAAUUUGAUGUUCCCAAACCUGUAUUAAACUGUUAUAGCGUAUGAGCAAACGAGCCACGCCAUGCAAAAUGGGUAUUCUGUCAUAUGCGAUCAGCGUAGCUCAAGACCAGCAUGUGCACUCGCGCACAUUCAAGGCUGGAACACAGCUAACCCGUCUGAUUAUGACACAACGAAACCUUGCGCGACUUAAUAGUGAGGUGGUUUACUGGCCACAUGUGGCAUAAGGCAUAUUUUCGCAUGACGCGGAUCAAAUAAUCUGAGUUGUAAUAGUACCGACAGGAAUAUGAAUUUUUAAAUUGGUUUAGUACACAGUUUUAGUUCAACCGAAUAAAUGAGUAUCAUUUUAAGGUUUUCGCGAAUUAAAUUUCCAAUGUGCACGUGUCUUUCAGUAUUGAAGUGUAUAUGAAAAUCGACGAAACUACAAGUACCCAUGUAUAGAAAGUAUGUAGUGUAAGCCACGAGAUAGUGAUUUUUAUUUGUUCUAAAUAUUUGAUAAUAGAUCUAAUAUGUUAUGAAAAAUGUUUAUAGAUUGGACUGUUUUUCGAAUAAAAAUACACGAUAUGUUGA